CGGUGGUGCCACCAGUUGGCAUGGGGAUGACCUCUUGUCAGGGAUGGACUCUGAGGAUGUGAGCAGCCGCCUGCAGGGGUCGUCAGAGAUUAGCAGCAUCCAGCAUUCGGGCCUGCUGCAGGGUGCCCAGAGCUCCUAUGCUCUAGUAGACUCCAGCCUCAAGGGCUCCGAGGGAGAAGGGGCCUUCGUGUGCUCCCCCGAUGUGGAGACCCUGGCCAACGAGGAGGAGCGAGUUGAUGUUGAUGAUAUGGACUUGAGCUCAGAGCGGGCAGUGGACCACCGGAAGGUGUGUCAGCAGGAGGAUGAGGAGGAGGAUGAUGAAGAUGUGGAGAUGCCCAGCGAAGGGGUGACGGAGAGUGGACUGGAGAGCUGUGGGAACGCAGACGAGGACGACUACACAGAGGAGGACCGCUUGGAUAACCUCAACCGUUCRCCCAUCCCACCUUCCUCAGCCUGGGGUCAGACAAACCCCUUCACUGACCCCUGGGCCCAGCCCCACCUCUCCUCCCCCCACACCGCUUCCAGCCCCCUGUCUGACCACGGGGCUGMCGRCCCUGAGACGCCCACCCAGUCCUCUGCSCAGGCCUGGUUGGAUCUCAGYGCCCCCUCUCUGAYGCUCCAKUCAGAGCAGCCCUCAGAGCCCCAGUCUGCCCCUGAGGAGAUGGAGAACUCCUCCCCAGCCCCCCCAGGGCCCCCUGCUGUGGGCAUGUCUCAGUCCAGCACCCUGAGUGGCACGGCCCUGGCCRUCCAYAGCAGCAGUGAAACCAGCACUCCCGAGGAGCUCCGUGACUAUGACAGCAGCUCCGGGGUGGAGUCACGCUCUGACAAGCAGCAGACCCCCGUGCCAUCCAAUGUGCAGCCUGACCUGGAGCAGGACUUGGGCAUCCAUCUGGAGCGAGGUGACGAGGAGGAGGAGGCUGAGACGCUCCCUGCUGACGAGGUCCUGGGAGCAGGCCCUCCUACUGCCCCCGCCUCUGCCCCCUCCUCCCCCUCCACCUCGGGAAACGAGGCCAGCGACACGGAGGGUGAGAUGCAGAUCAACAACCCAGAUGUCCCYGUCACCAUGGAUGACAGUGCUGAGUUCGACAGCCCACCGUCCGCCUGUAUCCUGCCUGCCCUGGAAGAGGAGGUGGUGGAGGCGCCGGCCGGAGAAGGAGAGGAGGACGGGGGUGGCGGCACGCCCCAGUCUGCCAACUCGGUGGCGUCUUACGGCUUUGACUGCACCAUGUCCAACUCCAACGCCCACUCCACUGCCGAGAGCUGCGGUAAGAGCCCCGGCAUCUUCUCCCUGGAGAACGAGGACCAGUUGCCCGAGGAGGCCAAGGACCCCUCCCUCAUCAAGGAGCUGACCCUGCCUGCAGCAGCCGCCCAGUCAGAGGAGCUGCUGGGAGGCCCUGUAGACCUGCUGCCCCUGGGCCAGCCUGGGGACCAGCACCACUACAUGCUGGGGGGGAAGAUGGAUGCUGACGACCUGGAGGAGGCCAACACCCUGGAGGACUCCCUCCGCCUGGGGCCCCAGCAUGCCGGGCAGGCCAGCGAGGGCCAGCCACCCUACUACUCUGCUAUAUGCGAUAAGACUGAUAGCUUUCUGGCAGGUAACGUAUAAGUCCCUACCCCUGGAAUGCACCUUCUCCCUCGCACCCCUCCCCCCUUGUUGUUCUUAGUUUUUCUCUCGAGGUGGGUUAGAUGGUUUAGAAAAACAAGCAAAUGAUGGUAGGAAACAAAAAAAGGCAAGGGGAACGAAAGACUGUAGAUCAGUGAAGCCUCCCUCUUUCAUACUACUAUUAUGGUUAUGAAUGUAUGGCACUACUUUAUGUACAAUAGCUACUAGCUACCAUUUUCUAUUAGAAUGUUCUUUUUAAGUAACGCUGCGUACUCCAUAACCCCUGAGGGGGUAUUGACUGACUGGUCCGUUGGGACAAAGCUCUUAAAAGAAAAGGAGGAGUAAAACGAGAAUGGACUCUACCUACAUGUGUAUUUAUCCUACUGUUUUUACCAAACAAAUGUCAAUUCUUUUUUUUGUACUUGUUUUGUUGGAACCCGGUCCUGCCUCCCCUAUGUUACACGCUCCAUUUUAUCCUGCACCAUAGAGAUAGUCCUACUCUCUCUUUUUACAAGUUUGUCUUCUUGUUUUCAACACCAUUUUAGUAUCGAAUGAAGGCUAGAUAUUUAACAUGGCUUUCCUCCCUUACAGAGUGUUCGAUUUGAAGUUUGUCUAGUUUUAAUUUGCGCUACAGGAAGUUUGCCUCUCCCUGCAUAGAUUAUCAUGGCAAGUAACGUUGUCAUGUACAGUGUGUUUUGAGGCAUCUGUUUUAAGUGGUCAUGCUUCAUGCCUCUUAGUUGAUCAUUUGUGCUUCAGAACCAACUAACAACUAUUUGUGGGAAAAAACCUUCAUUCCUCUGCAUUUAGAAUGACGCUCACUGAAAACGCUUUUCUCACUGAAACGCUUUUAGUGAUAUUGGAUAGUUCAACUUGCAUGUACUAACAUUGAAAUUGUAUCUGUUUAAACCAUUAUACACUAGGGAUGUUCAUAAAUGAAUGGUUCAUGCUAAGUAGGUUUUUCAAAAUUCCAUUAAACAUCAUUGCAAGGCA